AUAACAAAGCUGGGAGAACAUUUUACUGUGAUCAUCUGUAUUUUCUCACCUCAAUUCAACCAUCAAAGAUAGUACUGGUAGCGCUACAAAACCUCUGCUUUUUCCAAUUCUGCGACCGUAGACCCUUUCCCGAGCUGCACUGUGAAAAAUUAAUACAUUCGAAAGGCGCUAACAAACAUGGUUCUCACUAAUUUCAAUGGUUCCGGUGUCGGAUUCGGAUUUGGUGCUGGUUGUGGUUUCGGAAUCGGUUGGGGUUUCGGAGGUAUGCCACUGGGUUUCUUGGGUCUCGGAGCAGGUGGAGGCUGUGGAGUUGGGCUUGGCCUUGGAUGGGGAUUUGGCACUGCCUUUGGCAGUCAUUAUCGAACUACAAAAACUACAUUUAAAGGCACUGAUUUCAAUAGUAAGAGUGAAAGCGAUAGUAAACCAUCAACUGACUACUCAAAGAUUACCUCCUCUCAGAAGGUUAUUCGUGCUGAAGAGUAAAUAUUUGUCUCUUCGAUUCUGUGUCAAAAGCAGUGUAAGAACAUUCUUUCAUAUUUAUUUGAGUACAAUGGUACUACUGAUACACUUGAGUCGUAUCCCUGCUACUUCUUGUACUGUUCUCCCUUGUUAGGUGUAUCUUCUUUUCAGUGACCUUCAGUGUUAAACAAGAGUAUGUUGAACUAAUAAACUCAUCUUCUGAUUUUGCAUAAUAAACUCAUUAUUUGGAAAUAAAUCACAUAAAGCCUGAUCCUUAACCCACACAUCCUUCCAGACUGAAAUGCUAGCACCGUUUGGUCCAUUUCCCACCAACCAUCAUGUUUUCUGCUUCAAUUCAUCCAUUACCCACUUCAAAGCUGGCCAUAUAGAAGACUACUUAUAAUAAGUAUAAUCCACUCACUAUUUGUUAAUGUAAAUUUUGCUCUCAAGAACACUGCCCAUUCAUCCUCUGAAUUCUGAAUCCUCCAUAAGAGUUUCAUCAGUAGAGCUUUAUUGAUAACAGUAAGUCUUUUAAUCCCCAAUCCUCCUUCUAGAGGACAACAUACUUUAUCCCAAGUUGAAGUUACCAAUUUCCUGACAGAAGGAUCUCCAGACAGCAUGAAUAAGAGAAAGAAGAUCUUGGUUCAAAGUUGGCUUUAAUUUGAUUUGGGGAUCUUUUAUAGUCCAGUUGUUGUGUUUGCGAUGGGUUUUACCUUCUUUCCUAUCGGGCAGAGCAUGUGUGCAAUGAGUGUAGCACAGUAAAAAUUGGAUUCAGGCGGGGAGAUUCUUCUAACAUGGCAAUUUUGGUUCUUAUAUGACAACCUAACUUUAUAUCAGGUGAGAGUUAUGUGAAUGAAGGAAUCGUGUCUGGAAAACCUUGUUUGUUUUAUAACGUUCCAGUUCCUCGUGGGUUUGGAAUUUUUUUAUUUUUUUUUAACAAAGCGAACCAAUAUAUUACAUAACA